AUGGACCGCCACCUCCAGGUUUCAGACCGCAUGAAGGGAUGCCUCCGCAUCCACACCACAAUCCUGUAUUCCGAAAUCGUUGGGUGGGUAAGGGAAAGUGUAAGACGCCAAGAGAUUGAAAAUGAGGAAAAGGAAAAGGAGGCCUUCAUGAGACAACUGCAUGGAUCUGAAAAUGAAGAGGAGGAUAACCUUUCUACGACGAUGGAACAGGAGAUUGCGCAAUUCCGUGCAGUUGCUAGCGUCGUGGGCGAUUUAGUUGCGGCAGAAGAGGGCCGUUCUCAUGAAUACGCCCAUCAGAGACAGCAACACGUAAUCCCAGCGCCUCCUAGCCCGGCUUCGGCUUUCCCGGAUUACGCAUCUAUUGACGAGGAACUUCCGGCUUAUGACGAGGGGUCAAAUGAUUCACGCUUCGUUGCCGAUGGGUUUAGAUAUACUCCUGGGUGUCCGUAUUAUACACCAAACGGGUCAUCGACGACGGAAUCAUCGCUUGAUGAGCAUCUAGGAAGAAAGGAUUAA